AUGGAACUGCAACGGUAUCGGAAACCGAAUAUCAGAACUGACAGCAUUUGUAAAAAUUCACAACGUAAAUAUAAUCCUGCUUGGAGAAACCCACCUCGACCCCAAAACUCAGCUCAAAAUCCCAAAUUUUCAUACUUACCAUACAGAUCGCCAACCACGGCCAAGAACACCUCCAAACGGGGAACCGCAGUGCUUAUCCGUCGUGGCAUUGUACAUCAACCCGUAAAUAUUCAAACCGAACUCGACUCGACCUCGGUUAAUAUAAAACUCGAAAACAACAUCACCCAGGUAACUGCAGUAUACAAAAGCCCAGGCGUUACAGUCAAACCAACAGAUUUAGACGCGCUGACCAACCACGAUGGUCCUCUCAUAAUUGGCGGCGACCUAAAUGCUAAGCACACAGACUGGCAAUGCCCACAACGUAACAAAUCAGGCAAGACCCUUGCACAACAUGCCGAGCGGGUAAACCGAUACUCGGUCGUUGCCUCUGACUCGCCAACUCACUAUCCCUACAUCGCGGCCCAUCGACCAGACAUCCUCGAUAUUUUCCUGCUAGACUUGCCAAACACGCACUACCUCCUAACCAAUCACUGCGAAUUAUCGUCAGACCAUAACCCUCAGAUGCUAAACCUAUCAUCCCGACCUUCAGUGUGCGGGCCACCAUCAGCAAGGAAACGUAUAAAUUGUUUUUCUAUUUAA